CCGAGAGAUCCGACUCCUGCGAUGAGACAUUCAAAAAGUAGCACCUCUGUACUAUCUAAAUCUGGCUUAGUCUCAACAGCAUGUGACUUUAAAGGUUUGACUUGAAAUCCGUUUCACAAGUUACGUAAGGAUAUGAUGUAUCCUGUCUGGGCUGUCGAUUGUGACAUGGAGUUGAGGUGAGAAUGGCACUUUCUCAGUCAAAAUCAACCAAAAUGGGAAAGUCGAGGCUUUUCCGUAUCUUUACGAUUGUGGGUGCGGUCUUCAUGAUCCUUCUCAUAAUCAUAUAUUGGGAUGAUGUGGGGGCCUCUAAUUUUUACCUGCACACAACCAUCUCUGGGCCUCAUCCAUCCCGCCUCGUUCCACAUGGCCGUUCUGAGCCUGAAAAGAUUAAGAAAACAGAGGAGGACAAAGAGAGUUCAUUUUUGACAGACAUAGAUGCAUUUGUCAACCAGUUUUUGGAAGGAACCGUAGACCCUACGGAACAGGUGAGAGGAGAACCGCCCCCCGGAGAGACUCGCAAUCAGUCCUCCGAAAAAUCGGAGGAAAAAUUCGUACCGCGUCGAGAGUGGAAGAUCCAUCUCACGCCAAUUGAUCCGGAGAUAAAACAGCGACAGGAGAGUCGAAAACAGCUGAUACAAGAUAUGUGCAGCAACAAAAGUCUCUUUGACUUCUUUGGAAAGAGCAGGACUUUCGAUGACAUACCCAAUAAGGAAUUGGAUCACCUCAUUGUGGAUGACAGGCAUGGGAUUAUUUACUGUUACGUCCCGAAGGUGGCCUGCACAAACUGGAAGCGCAUUAUGAUUGUGCUGAGCGAGAGUCUGUUAUUAGAUGGCGUGCCCUACCAAGACCCCCUAGAUGUUCCUCAAGAGCUCAUCCACAACAGUAGCCUACACUUUACCUUCAACAAGUUCUGGAAGCGCUAUGGAAAGUUCUCGCGGCACCUCAUGAAAAUCAAGCUGAAGAAAUACACCAAGUUCUUGUUUGUCAGGGAUCCUUUUGUUAGACUGAUCUCUGCCUAUCGCAACAAGUUUGAACAAGAGAAUGAGGACUUUUACAAGAGAUUCGCAGUAGUCAUGCUAAAAAAAUACAGCAAUUACUCGGAUCCACCAGCAUCGGUGGUGGACGCUUUUGCAGCUGGGAUUCGACCAUCUUUCUCAAAUUUCGUUCAGUAUUUAUUGGAUCCCAGCACUGAGAAAGAGAUGCCUUUUAACGAGCACUGGAGACAAAUGUACCGCCUGUGCCAUCCUUGCCAGAUAAAUUAUGAUUUCGUUGGGAAGCUGGAGACUUUGGAUGAGGACGCUGAGCAUUUGUUGCGGAUUCUCCGUGUCGACAAUGUCGUCGAGUUUCCUCAAAGUCACCGAAACCGAACGGUUAGCAGUUGGGAGCAGGAUUGGUUUGCCAGCAUACCAUUGGAAUCUAGAAAAGACCUGUACAGGCUCUAUGAAGCUGACUUUAAACUUUUUGGGUAUUCCAAACCAGACAAGCUGUUACAUGAGUAAUGCAUUUAUCAUUUGGAUGCUGAAAAGCUUUGACAAUGCAAGAACAGGAAGAGGAAAAUAGAAGAUUCAGCUUGCUGGUUCUUUAUGUCUGGAUCUUGUAGGCAUUGAAAGCAGUUUAUACUGUAGCAAACAUACAUCCCUUUGUAUACACCUGAUUUGCCCAGUCCAUUUACUAGUAUUCCCCUAAAUGUGUUACUAUUAUUUGUAAUGGCCUCAUGGACGUAUUUGGAAAGAGACUUGCAUUUUGAUUAUUUUAAUCAAUGCACACCUUCUUUUUUUUUCUUUUUUUUUUUAGAUACUUAACAUAAAAAAAAAAACAUGGAUUAACCAUGAAUUACACAAUUAAUAUUAUUCUAAUUAUGAAAAAGGAUGCAGGAGAAUGGUAAUCCCAUUUUUUUUUUUUUUUUAGUUAACAAAGCACCACCAAACUAAAACAUCACGAGAGAUUUAAAAAUGUAGGAAGUGCACAUAGAGUAUUUUUGAAUAUUUUUGUAUCAUUUCGUAAUGAAAUGUGAAACAUCAAUGCACUUUUGUCCUAAAAGCUAGAAGUUGUUCUCCCCCCCCCCAAGCAUAAAGGUUUUUCUGCUCUGUUACAGCAGUUUCAUUUCUUGAAAGGAAUAUUAUGGGUUUAAUGUAAGUUUAGUUCAAUCAACAGCACAAAAAUUAAUUUCAACUCAUCCCUCCUUUAAAAAAAAAGCAGAAAUCGAGAUUACUGGGAGGCACUUACAAAGGAAGUGAAUGGGGCCAAUAUUAGAAGGGUUUAAAAGGCAGAAAUGUGAAACUUAGAUUUUUAUAAAAGCACUUAUAUUAAUUCUUCUGUUAAAACUUACAUAUUAUUUGAGAUUUAAAGUUAAAUCAUUGUUUUUACAGUCGUUUAAAGGUUUACGGCGUUACGUUGUUAUGUCAAAAAAAGUUGUAAAAUUGGAUAUAACUACACAGAACAAGUAAGUUAGUGAUUUUAUCACACAAAAAGCAUGUUAACGUGUAUUGUUUACGUCUUUUGGCUGUACUUAAACAUCUGGGUUGCAGCAAGGCACUUACAAUAGAAGUGAAUGGGGCCAAACUGUAAACAUUAAAAUAUUAUUUCAAAAGUAUAUCCACAAGAUGUUAACAAUUUGCAUGUUCAUUGUAAUGACAAUGUAACACCCUAAAACUUAAAACAACCAUAAAAUGACGAUAAAACUACAAUUCAACCCACUUUACAGCUCAAAUAAUGUACUUUUUUUAACAGAAGAAUUAAUGUGCUUUUAUAAAAACAUAAGCUUCACAUUUCUGCAAUCAAACUUGAAAAAUUGGCCCCAUUCACUUCCAUUGUAAGUGCCUCAGUGUAAUCUCGAUUUUUGCUUUUUUUUAAUGUAUUUUUUUAAGAAAAGGACAGACAAGUUGAAAUAAAUGUUUGUAGUAAUCAGUAUUUUACCACAAACGCUGUCAAUUGAGUUUAACUUGUAUUGAACCAGGAAUAUUCCUUUAAGCCUUGUGUAUUUUUAAUGUUUCUAUGGAAAUGUGUGUCAUUUUUUCAAACAUGGAAUGUUUUAAAACCAUGUUUCUUUUAGUUCACAGUACUGCACAAAAAUGCCAGUGUUCUGAAGGUACAUCUUUACCACUGUAUUUCUGUAACUGGCACAAAAUGAAAUUAUAAUACGGAUGAGCAGCAAGAUGAGUAACUGACAUUAAAAAGGUAUUUCUUUAUAAACCGAGAGAUUAUCACAGGCAGAACGUGGCCUGUGCUUGUCAAGGGAAUGUUUCCUUUCAUCAUUUUGAUCCUUUUCUUCUAUUAGUGUGUAGCAGGGACUGGAUGAGCCCUCUGAUCCGCAGAAUGCUAAAGAUGUUAGCAUGUGUGCCAAGCAGUCCUUUUCAUAAAUAUGCAUCAUUUCAAGAGUACUGUAGCAAACACAAUUCAACAUUUUUUUGCUCAGGUAGGCUUAGAUUUCAAAACAAUGGCCUUGUUUGCAAAUUAUUUGAAAUAUAAUUGUAGGCUCAAGGUAUUUAUUUCUGAUUUAGCAAAAGAAUAAUUUGGUGUAAUGGCUUUAGAAAGUUAAAGCACAAAUGUCAGUAUUGUUUAAAGUUCCUCCUCUAGUAUAACUAAGUUUAACUUGGGCAUGUGCAAAAGAUGAAUUUAAUUGUUACAAGUAUUAAUUCCUUUGCCAUGAAGGUAUUUCUUUUACUUUCCAUCACGUUUUUUUGUGCUGCACUUUGCACAUUUGAUCACAUGUAUUAGACAGAUCUUUAGGACAGAGAGAUAAAAUGUUUUUGGAUCUAGAUUGUAGAUGGAAAUCUGUACUGUGGAGCACAAGUGUAGCAUGAUUGUUUUGAAAGUGAUGGGCCAGAGGGAACAAGAUGCCCCAGUUUAGCGAGUCCUCAGGGAUUGCCAUGAUUCUGGUAUCAAUGCACGGUUGGCCCCGUUUGGUAGCAGUGCCUUUGGAGGAAAAGUUUACAAAAAAAAAAAGUAUAUUUGCAAGUGAGUCUCUGAUUUGCAGUCAAAACAAUCAAAACUCCUACUUUUAAAACAUUUAGUAGUACACACAAUAUGUGCUGCAUCAUGGAAAAUAUUGCAUUUUUAGCCACAAUUCUGGCUCGGCUAUUAAGAUUUGUCAGAACAGUUCCAGCGUUUCUUAUUUCCGAAACCACAAGUUCUGUUACAGGGGAGAAAAAAAAAGUGCAGUACGUUGCCUGUGCUGUUGAUUUAUGUUUGCAAAAUGAGUACCUGUGUUCUGUAUACAUUUGGUGCCAGAUUGUACAAUGAAAACUGUUAUACUGUUUAGUGAUUGUCUUGAUGCCAACAUUUAAAACAUUUUUUAUCUGGAUUUUUUUGGUCAUAGUAUUUAGUUGCAUGAAAUAAUUUUCAGGAAAACAUGCUGAAAGCAAAAGGGAAAUAUUUGUUACAUUAAAUCAGGUCAUAGCCUAAAAAAA